AUGCCAACUGAAGAGCUCAAGCCCGCACCUUCACUCGAAGGCUCGGGAGAGACUCUCAGUGAGAAUGCUCUCGAACCUAAAUUCACAUAUGCAGAAGCCCCUAAAGGUUCAUGGGCAAGCGAUCCUGCGCUAGAUGGCGGUAUAACUGCCUGGCUGGUAGUAUUGGGUGCUUGGUGCUCACUGUUUUGUACUUUCGGCUGGAUAAAUAACAUCUUUAUUGAGCCAAUAUUCUUCCAGCACAAUUGCCUGGAUUCCCUCCCUCCAAAUAUUCUUCAUGGUCCGAUUGUGGGAACACUAUACGAUAGAUUCGGUCCCCGAUAUCUCAUCCUCGGUGGCUCAUUAAUCCAUGUCUUCGGCUUGAUGAUGGCAUCCAUAUCCAAAGAAUACUACCAAGUUCUCUUAUCACAAGAUGUAUGCACGAUUCCCAGCUGGUUUGACAAGAAACGAGGCGACGCAUACGGAAUCGUUGCAACAGGAUCUAGUCUCGGUGGCGUUAUCUUCCCAAGCAUGGUUAGUCGACUGAUAGGGCAAAUUGGAUAUGGCUGGACUAUGCGAGUGGCCGCAUUCCUCAUUAUCUUCCUUUUACCAAUUGCCAGUCUUACUGUUCGAUCUCGUGUUCCUCCGAGACCCAGUACGAUGAGCAAGGAAACCCUCUUAAAACCUUUCGACGAAUUCAAGAUGCUCCUUGUUAUUCUGGGCUUCUUGUUUUUGACAUUCGGUGUCUUCAUUCCAAUUGAUUACAUAGUUGUCCAAGCAAUGAGCGCAGGUAUGAGCCCUAAUCUCGCGGAAUAUCUCAUUUCCAUGCUCAACGCAGCAAGUCUAUUCGGACGUAUGUCUGCCGGUAUUUCAUCUGACAAAGUCGGUCACUAUAAUGUUCUCAUCGGCGCUUGUGUAUUGGCUGGUAUCCUCGUCCUGGCAUUGUGGAUUCCUGCUGCAAGUAAUGCCGCUAUUAUUGUUUUUACUUGCACAUUUGGAUUUUCUUCGGGAGCCUACGUCUCUUUGGCCAAUGCAUUGAUUGUGAAAAUCUCUCCCUGUCCUGAGAUUGGGCAUCGGACAGGAUUACUAUUUCUUUUCUCGUCAUUUGGUGGUCUGACAACUAACCCGAUUGCGGGUGCAAUUUUACAACAUGAUGGGGGCUCAUACACUGGUAUGAAAGUCUUCGCUGGUCUUUUCUUGCUGGCUGGAAGUGUGGCAGUCCUGGCUGCUCGGUUGCAUUAUACUGGUCCUGUAAUUAAAGCGAGGUUCUAA